UCCCAUCAGUCCCUCAAACCGGAAACGGAAACAAGUGUGAAGAUAACGGAUGGUCUGAUGUUCGAGAAAAUAGAUUCCUAAUGCCGGAAAAUAUCACCGUUUGUUGAAAUACACGUUUAGACACAGCGGCUUACGGGUUAUUAGCGUAGUAACGGAUUUAAAAAGGUUUUAUUUCAGUGGUUAGUUUUUUUCCCCUACUGACCUGUGAAGUGUAGCUCGUGUUCGGCUAACUACGCUAACUGACUCGUUGGCUAAAUACGCAGUUUGAGGCCAGGGUCAUCUCAUCUGCCCAUAUUCUCCUUCGUUAGUGGUCUACGUAGCCAGCGUCUGAAACGAUGUCUUUAAAACUCUAAUCAGUGAAACAUUUGCGGAAUUUAAGGGGAUCCAUUUCGUUUUCCAGGCUUUAAACCUGUCGGAAGUGAGAAGGCCUCUGAGUAGCUAACUAGCAGGUAGCCAAUUCCAAAGGAAACGAGAUUUGGUCGGGCAAACAAAGGUGGUGCUGACUUCUUCCUCCUGGGUCUGCAAUGGAGGGUUCAGACAAUUCAGAUCAAGGCAGUAACGAACAGGCCGAUUCGCAACGCAGGCAACAGCAGGAUCGCCUCAACCGAGAAGAGGCUUUCUACCAGUUUGUUAAUAAUCUGAGUGAGGAGGACUACAGGAUGAUGAGAGACAACAAUCUUUUUGGCACACCAGGUGAAAUUACAGAGGAAGAGUUGUUGAACCGCCUUCAUCAAAUUAGGGAUGGUUCUGAACAGCAGCAGCCACAUAGUAGUAGCAGCAGUACCAACAGUCCUGAAGUCAGUAGGGGAGAGCCCAGAGUUUCAGAGACUGAGGGUACCGAAGAUGCAUCUAAUGGCGACACACUUCUUGACUGGCUCAACACUGUGCGUCAAACUGGAAACACCACAAGAAGCGGGCACCGGGGAAACCAGUCGUGGCGGGCAGUAAGCCGAACCAAUCCAAGCAGUGGAGACUUCCGCUUCAGCUUGGAGAUUAACAUCAAUCGCAACCUAGCCGAGCAGCAGACACAGACUGAAGCUGAUCGGCUAGACACAGACCAAAGCCGUGCUGAAGACUCUGUAGAUGAACCUGAGACACCCAUGGAGGCGGCAGAGGUGGUUGAAGAGCCUGUGGUAGAAGAGAUGGCUGUUAUAGUUGAACCCGAGCUUCCUGCACCUAAUAUCCCAGCUGUAACUCGGCCGGCAAGCCCACAGAAUCAGCAACCCCCACCUUCUCCAAAUCCUCCUCAAGUAGAGCGCCCAAGUAGAGGCCAGAUUAGAGCUCGUAGCCCAAGCCCAGAACAGCGCAGAACCAGGGCGCGAACAGCAAGGAGUCAUUUAGCUGUCAGCCUGGACCAGUUAGAUGGGCUUCCGCAGUCUCGCCAUGGACUACCCGCUCGAAGUCCAGAUCCUGUCCCAGAAGUUCAUGAAGAUGGCAGCUCCAGGACACGACUACAUGUUCUUUCUCGACAGAAUAUACAGUUAGAAAGCGAGGAAACUAUAGCAUCUACAGAGCCCCAACCAGCACCUCAGCCCGUUCAGGAAAACGAAACCCCUUCAGGUGAAGCAGGUGCUUCUGGACGACGUCCCCCAACAAUAAUGCUGGACUUGCAGGUUCGUCGGGUGAGACCAGGUGAGUACAGAGAGAGAGACAGCAUUGCUAACCGUACCCGCUCACGAUCACAGACCUCCAACAACACAUUCUUGUAUGAAACAGAGCGUGGAGGCUUUCGAAGGACCUUUUCACGGUCGGAGCGGGCUGGUGUGAGGACGUAUGUCAGCACUAUCCGUAUUCCCAUCAGGAGGAUCUCAGAUGCCGGGCUUGGUGAAGCCACAUCCAUGGCUCUGCAGUCCAUGAUCCGGCAGAUAAUGACUGGUUUUGGUGAACUCAGCUACUUUAUGGACUCUGAUUCAGACUCCACAGACUCAAGCCGUGGCUCCAAUCCUGCGGCAGAUCUCGCUGAUGCUCUGGGAAAUCCAGAUGCUGGAAGUCCAUCUACUGUAACUGAGCCAUCACCUGGGGCAGGAGGCUCAAAUCAGAGUGGUUUAGAAGCACAGACUGAAGAAAGGGAGGAAACUGGUGCGGGUCUAAGAGAGAGCAGGGCAAGGCAACGUGCUCCUAUCAGCCUAGAGGAGUCUGGUUCUUUGCCCUUUUUGCGACUUGCACAUUUCUUCUUGCUCAACGAUGAAGAUGAUGAUCAGCCCAGGGGCCUCACCAAAGAGCAAAUUGAUAACCUUUCUAUGCGAAAUUUUGGUGAGAAUGAUGCACUCAAGACCUGUAGUGUCUGCAUUACAGAGUAUGCUGAAGGCAACAAGCUUCGUAAACUUCCCUGCUCACACGAGUACCACGUGCAUUGUAUAGACCGUUGGCUUUCGGAGAAUUCAACUUGCCCCAUCUGCCGCAGGGCAGUUCUUGUUACUGCCAACAGAGAGAGUGUUGUCUAGACACUUAUCAUUCUUCAUACUAUUCUUUAUUCUUUCGCCUUACUAUAAUAUUCGGUACCUUGUAACGAAUGGUGUCUUGUAGACACGAAAACCCUAACUAUAUUAAAGCAUCAAAUUGACAAGAUGUGUAGAAUACAUUUACAGAGACAUUUCACUUCUGCUCGAAUCCAGACUUUUACUGCCUGAAGGUUUCAGUGAAAUAGUAAAUAUUCUUUAUCCAAAAUAUGUUUGAUUCCCUUGCAACCUUGUGAUUUAAGAAGUAAGAACUAAUCAUUUGUGCUUAUAUGUUAGACUUGGUACAAUUUGAUUAGAUGGAAAUCAGGCAAACUGAUAGUCGAAAGAUAUAUUUAUGUACAAUGUAUUGCUUUUGGAUUAUCUAAAGAAUUGUUUCGAUCCAAUGUAAUUACAGUUUGGACACCAUUUUAGGUUCGCAGCGAAAUACGUUUUUUUUUAAUUAUUUUUUUUUAUUAAAUAUAAGUGUAAAAAGAUUUAAUGCUAUUAAAUGAUCUAUAAGUGAGUUUUCAGUUUGGCCAACAAGAACCUUUACUUCAAUUAAGGAUUGUUUCCUCAAGCAUCAAUUAUGCUUAGUCUAAUAUAUUGUCACUGGGAGUUCUUAAAAAAGCAUUUUAGCCUUAAUUUAAUCUGUUUCUGGAAUAUCUUUCACUGGUUUUUGUAGAGAAUGUUUUCCUGGGUAUUAUGUAAAAAAAAAUAAAAAAUUGUUUAGAUGCGAGUUUCAAGCCCUA